AUGGAUACUAAUAAUACGAGAAAAGUGAAAAAGAAGGGAAAAAGUAUUAAGAAGACCCUUUUACCACGAAAAAGACGAAGAGCAAUUGAAAUAAAGUCUCCAUCUAACCUUAAUACAUGGGAUAAUAUAUGUAUUGAACUUUUUCCUUCUUGGUUUAGUAACAAUCAUGGUGUAAUCGUUGCAGAAAAGAAUGAAAGUGAUCGUUGGAAAUUAAAGACAUCAUUACAUCCUCACGUCGAUGAAGUGAUAUUUGGAAAAUUAGAAGAAAUAUUUAGUAACUUAUUUGAGAUGAAAUUAGACAAGGAAUGUAUUUUUGAAACGAGUAUGAUUGAUUUUUGGGGUCAGAGUUUUGUCUUAAAGAAUAUAAAGGAUCAUGAUAUUAAAGAUCAUUCCAGUAAAGAUGAGGAUAAAAAAAGAGUACUAUGGUUUUCAUGUAACACUUCUAAAUAUGAAUUAGCUGUAACUUUUUGUGAUUGUUUAUGUGUCUUAUUUUUUAGUGAUCAAACUAGUUUGAAUAACUUGACAAACAAAGAAGUAACAGAUUUUUCUAUAGUAUUGAAUGCAAUGACUCGUCAUAAUUACAAUAAAUAA